AUGCCGACACACCCCUCACACGACUACGUCUCGAUCCCCGGCACGCCAGGGCUUGACCAGGACGACUCGUUCGCCUCGGACGACAAGGUCGAGACGCUGUUCGAGAAGCCGCGAGACGUCGUCGCGCAGCCUUGCGCGAGCGACGAGGCGGGCGCGUAUCGGGCAUGGGCCGUCGCUGUUCAACGCCGUCAGCUGCGCUACUUCCUCGUCCUCCUCGCCGUCAGUCUCGCGACUCUCUUCUCCAUCUCAACCGCGCCCUACUCCCUCUCCCGCUCUACCUCGACCUCCCGAGGGUCCUCUCGCGGCGCGCCCAAGGCCUACCACCCGACGCUCGUCGGCCCUCGCCGCCGCGCCGCCGACGGGCUCUCGACCUCGACCUCGUGCUCGACCGACGACCUCCUCGAGGCGAUCAAGGGCGCCAAGGUGCGUCCUGACGGCGCGAGCACGCACCCCGACUUUAGCGAGCCCAAGGACGUCGAGCUGGUCCCGAUCGAGUGGUCGUUCGACUUGGGCGGCGAGCGAGGACACGUCGACGAUGCCGGCGCACCUGGCGCAAGCUCGUGCGAGGUCCUCAAGGUUUACUCGCCCGACGAGGCGUGCGAGCUGCUGAGCGCGUUCGGCGGGCUCUACUUGACGGGCGACUCGCUCGGCCGCCACAUCUUCUCUGCCCUGCUCAUGAUCUUGCGCGGCCGCAUCGACGGCGCCGUCACCGACUUUGAGACGACGAGCGACUGCCGAGGCGAGCACAUGUUCGACGACGGCAAGACCUGCCGCACUCGGGUCGCGUUCGACACGCACGCCGGCUACCCUGUCUGCGGCGGGCAGACGCAGCUGUACUAUGCGGCCAUGUACCAGCCCAACGUCGUCACCUACGACUUCUACCGCGACUGGCGGGAUCGCCUUCCCAAGCGCUCGCACCUCUACUCGCCCGUCUUCGUCACCGCGUUCGGCGCGCACUUCAACUACGAGUUCUCGCAGCUCGAGAGCGAGUGGUGGCCGACGAGCGUCGACCGCCUCUCUCGCCAGUACCCGGUCCCGCUCAACCUCUUUGCAGGGCCGCACAAGCCCGGCGAGAACUUCCCGCAGCAGUACAUGGAGCGGCAAGGCCCGCACAAGGUCCGCGCGUUCAAGCAGCAGGUCGAGAUGGCCAUGCGGGCGCACAGUCCCGUCGCCGAGGCCGCUCUUGGCGGUUGGAGGUACCUCGACUUUUACGGCAUGAGCGAGGGCGCGCUCUCGUACGACUCGAUGCACUACAGCCUGCAGGUCAACCUCGAGAAGGCGCACCUCCUCCUCAACGUGCUGGACACGCUUUGGGGCGAGAUCGUCGAGUCGGGAGGGCUUGCGGAGCUGCGGCAGUAG